GGCGUGUUAUGGCCUAAAACUGCAGUUCACUGCAGUUAUAAUCUUGUCCACUCGAAGCGCUCAUGUCUGGCCUGUUCUAACACUUCACCGGCAGAUGAUCAAUGUUUGACGUUUUCCGUCUUGCGUUUUGAACUGAUGUACAAGUCGCCACUUGUGUGAACGAUCCGGUCAAGAAGUCAAAUUCAUGAUUCGUCCGGUGAUAGAGGAUGAUUGGGGAGAGCUGCUCCCACAAGCGGUAUUUAGGUUCCGAGAGGAGCAACACUCGACGAGUGUUCGUUCUUCACGAUGAUGGUCUGGCUCCCAGGUAUUCUUCGAUACUUCUGCUCGUACUGUCCAGAACUUGCAACUCUUUCCGACCAUGGAAUCGUAAUUUCAACCUCAUCAGUUUGACUCAAGUCACCGUAAUCAAGCAGUCUUCCAAACCAGAGCCCAUCCGAGUGGUCCAAUCUGAAUUUGAAACAUUUCGAACUUCGAACAUUCAGAAGUCCCAAAUUCUUGUCUUCAUUCUCUGAGCUUCAGGCUCGAGCUAAAGCAGUUGAUGUACUUUUCUCACUUGUAUCAAUGAUACAGUCGAGUUUUUUAUUCUGCAACGGGACUGGACUCGAGGAAUUGCUUUAUUUUAGAAUUAGCGUAAUUUGAGGCACAGGACAUCACACCCGUGGAUGAUGAGGCGGGAACUGGAAAAGACAGAGUUUGGAUGUAUUUUCUGAAGAGACAGACGUUGAUACCAACUUGAAUCUGAAACCGCAAUUCAAAUUUGU